AUGUUGGGCAGGGUGCGCUCGGCGAUGGCGCAACUCGUCGGGGGCCUGGGCGGCGCAGGAAGCCCCUCGAGCCCGCCGCCCGCCUCGGCCUCCUCGGCGCCUCCGCCGCCCCCGGCCGCUCCCCCCGGGCCCAGCUCCAGCGCCAGCGCCAGCUCCAGCGCCGCGCCUGCCGCCGCCGCCAACAGCAGUAGCAGCAGCUCCUGCCGGGAGCCGCCCCAAGGCAGCUUCUCGCGCCCGGCUUUCCUGCAGCUCACGCCGGAGGAACUUCUGCUGGCGGACGACCACACGGGCAGAGCCGUCCAGAGCCCCCGCGAGAGUCGCCGCCGCCUGCCCUGGAGCACCGGCUACGCCGAGGUGAUAAAUGCUGGCAAGAGCCAGCACAAUGAGGAUCAAGCUUGCUGUGAGGCAGUGUUUGUGGAAAAGAGACGCAACCUGAGGAAUAACCCAACUCCCAAGGAAACGCUUGGAGGUUCAGAAGGGGGCAGCAAAGGGCUGUGCUUUUACUACUGGGGCUUGUUUGAUGGACAUGCGGGAAGUGGGGCUGCAAUCAUGGCUUCCAAGCUGCUUCAUUUCCAUAUCCGUGAUCAACUCCGAGACGUGAUAGACAUCUUACAAGACCCAUCCCCGCCUCCAAUUGCCCUGCCAGAGGGUUCCAGAACAGUUCUAGGACAACCAAACAAGGCUCCUCUGGCAGAAGAAGAUGUGGAGGUACCAAACAGUGCAUUGCCUCGCUUUCAUAUGGAAAAGGUCAUUUCCCAUGAGAGUUUGGUGGUGGGAGCCAUUGAGAAUGCAUUCAAGCAGAUGGACAAUCAGAUCGAGCAGGAACGGGUGACCCGGCAUGUGUCUGGAGGCUGCUGUGCCCUGGUGGUGGUUUAUCUCCUGGGGAAGUUCUAUGUGGCCAAUGCAGGUGAUAGUAGGGCCAUUGUCAUCCGUAAUGGGGAAAUCAUUCCAAUGUCCAGGGAGUUUACUCCAGAGACAGAGAGGCAAAGGCUGCAGUUUUUAGGAUAUUUGAGUCCUGAGUUGCUGGGAAAUGAGUUUACUCACCUUGAGUUCCCACGAAGGAUCCAGCAAAAGGAACUGGGAAAGAAGAUGCUUUACAGGGACCAAAACAUGAAUGGCUGGGCAUACAAAAGGAUAGAAGAAGAUGACCUGAAAUUUCCACUUGUGUAUGGAGAGGGUAAAAAGGCUCGAAUGAUGGCAACCAUUGGAGUGACUCGAGGCUUGGGAGAUCAUGAUCUCAAAGUGUACAGUUCCAACAUCCACAUCAAACCUUUCCUGUCCUGCAUCCCAGAGGUGCGUAUCUAUGACCUCACACAGUUUGAGCACUGUCCAGAUGAUGUCCUGGUGCUGGGCACUGAUGGCCUCUGGGAUGUCACCACAGAUCAAGAGGUGGCCAAUGUGGUUUUCGAUGUUCUUAUGUCUUAUGAGCCCAACGACCCUUGCAGGUACACCAUGGUAGCCCAAGAGUUGGUGAUGAGGUCCAGAGGGGUUCUGAAAGACCGUGGCUGGAGGCUGGCCAAUGACAAGCUGGGCUCUGGAGAUGAUAUCUCUGUUUUUGUUAUUCCACUGGGUGGCCCAGGAAACUACAGCUGAACCUCCACUCCCAAGGGCACACUGUUCACAAGGCUAGACUUUAAAAAACAAAGCAAAACAUCUUCAAUUCACCUGGAGGCUGUAGAUUCCCUGCUGCUGAAACUCUUGUGCUGGCUGAAUCUUCUGAAGAGGAUUAGAAAACAAUCAGCCUGCAACUUAACACCUGCUCCUGCUCCAUCCAUGCUUGCUGUAUCCCAGCUUAGGGACACAAGACACAGUCCUGGGCCAUACUGCUGUUAUCAGCAAGGAAGUCAAAGCAGAGCAGUUCCUCUCAGGAAUUAUCCCUAUUGGCCCCUGAGGCCAGUAGGAAAACCCAUGUUCCAAGGGCUGCAUCACAUUUGGUCUUUUGCCAUCUUCAUCCCAGGAAAGGAAUUGGGGAUUAUGGCAUUGUGUUACAGCGGCAUGGAAAUGUUCUCCAAAUUGGAUACUAGUAGUGGAGCAUCUCUUUUAAUCUACUGUUGCAUUUAGUCAUCUGUGAAUACUUUGCAUCCAAGGCUGGUUCAGGGGGUUGAGGGCCUGUGGGUGGGACACCCUCCAUGGACCUCUUCUUUCAUCGACUCUUCUCAGUGUCUUCAGUAUCAGCUGCUGUGGCUUCUCCUCCUCUUCGUGGUUGCCACUUGGUUGCCUGGGAGGCAAGAAGCCAGUGAGCAAGUCAGCAACGGCAGCUCCUCCUCACCACCACCACCAUUGUUGGAUGAGCCAGAGGGAGAGGCUGGUGAACAAGCAGAUGGCAGUGAUGAUGAGGAGGAGUAACUUCAGGGGACUUGUGCCAGUACAUGGAAUGUGAGCACUUGGCUGCUGCCUGAUCCUCUCUAUACCCUUGAUGCUGGCCUUGCUUCUAUCUGUCCCAUGCUUACAAAGGGGUAACUCAAGUUCACUUUGCCAGAUGCCAAUGACGCCACAUCUGGACUUGCAAUGACAAUUGUGCCUACUUGUCCAGAAUAUACUGCCCUGCCCUGCCCUGCCCUGCCCCGGCUCCUCCUCCUAUGCUAAUUAAGCAAGUGUUGCUGAUGGACUGGCUACUGUCCUGAGGCUUGACCUGGUGCAGCAUGUACAGCUUCCACAGAGCACUGUAGAGUGAAUACUGAGCAAGCUUUUAUUUUUAGUAGUUUUUUUCACAGGGAUUUUUCACAAUCACAAAUUGAGCAUCAUGGCACUGUAGCCCAUUGCUUGUCCUUUAUCAGUGUGCCUCCAAAUGCCAAAGGAGAGGAAUGGCAGAUUCCUGCUAAGGAAAAACAUCACUAGAAGAAACCCAUUGCUCUACCUGUUGCUCACCAAGCAAGGAGUGCUCGGAAGUUCAAACAGGAUGAGCCACCUCUGGUUGGCUAGCUUGAACAGCAACCCUUAAAUAGCAGGUAUAGGCAUCUGUGCAGGUUGACAAGGUCGCACAUCUGGACACAGAAGGCAGCUACAUCCAGGGAGGGCAGAAGUAUAGAAUAGCCUCUACUUCCAGUGUGUGCACCUGCCUCCCAUGAAAGGGCAGGUGCUUCUAGAGCUGAAGUUCUACCUCUGGAGCCCAGAGUGCUGGGUUCUUGGCUUGACAAAUAAAAAUUCUUCUAAAUAGCAA